CUCCCGCUUCCCAGUGCGCUGGCGUUGAAAGCUGCCUCCGAGCUGCCGUUCGCUUCAGAGCACCCCGGCUACCUGCUGUGUGCGCGCCCGCGCGUCUUUGCUGGUUCGUGGAAGUGCACCUGUGAGCUUUGUGCCGGGUGGCCGUGCCCCGUUCCCCCGGGUGUCGCCUCCCUGCCAGGCAGCUGUCAAACGUUUGAUGAAAGAAGCUGCAGAACUGAAGGAUCCUACAGAUCAUUAUCAUGCACAGCCUUUGGAGGAUAAUCUUUUUGAAUGGCACUUUACUGUUAGAGGCCCUCCAGAUUCAGAUUUCGAUGGAGGGAUUUAUCAUGGGCGAAUAGUACUACCACCUGAAUAUCCCAUGAAACCACCCAGCAUUAUUUUGCUGACGGCAAAUGGCAGGUUUGAAGUGGGGAAGAAAAUUUGUCUAAGCAUCUCAGGGCAUCAUCCUGAAACAUGGCAGCCUUCAUGGAGCAUAAGAACAGCUUUACUAGCCAUUAUUGGAUUUAUGCCAACCAAAGGUGAAGGAGCAAUAGGAUCUCUAGAUUAUACACCAGAAGAAAGAAGAGCUCUUGCAAAGAAGUCACAAGACUUCUGUUGUGAAAUGUGUGGCACAUCUAUGAAGACAGCCCUCUUACCACUAACAUCCGGAAGCGUGUCAAGCCAGGCCGACAAGGAGGCUAAAGAACUUGCCAGACAAAUUAGCUUCAAGGCAGAAGUCAAUUCAUCCAGGAAGUCUGAUGCUGGACCCUCAAACACGUUAGGAUUGAACCACUCUGCAGCUUCACGUGAGCCCCCGGAGGAUGGUGCAUCUAGAGCGUUCCAGGAUCCAACAAGUGCAACGUCUGAAACUCCAAACAGCAGUGCAGCAGCCAGUCAAGAGCAUGCUCCGCCUGUGUCCACGAACACGUCUAUGAGUCCACGGCAGCGCCGUGCCCAGCAGCAGAGUCAGAGGCGGGCUCCGACUUCAACUGACUUUAAUCGGGUACAGCAACCAAGAGUCAACAUGAACCAGACGGGAUCAACUGUUCUGAUUGUCCUUCUGACUUUUGCACUGGCAGCUCUUAUAUUUCGUAGAAUAUGUUUGGCUAAUGAGUAUAUAUUUGAGUUAUAAGGUUGUUUCUGUUGUAAUAGCAGUGGCUUGAAUGCUUCGUUGAACAUUCUGUAUUGGGUAUGACAUGAGAACUGUUUACAAAGGCUACUUUUCGUAUUCAUGCUUAAGUCCUUAUGAAUGUUAAUGUACCUACAGAUACAUUACAUGUAAGAAAAGCAAAGUUGGACGUUUAACUACAACCAGUGUUAACUGCGUGCCCACUAGAUACUUGGAGAAGCAGUGCGGUGGAAUGGUAACAUCAAGGCAUGUGGGAGGGCAGUCAGUUUGUCAACUAGAAAAAGGCAAUUUAAAAAAGUGGUUGAUUCACUGUUUUUUUAUGGAACAUAAAUGCAAUUAAUCACCCCGUCUAAGUUAGUGUAAGAUUUCACGUUGGAGAAGGAAUUCUAAAAUGAAACACUACUAUGUGUUUGUGUCCGGUGAACUCUUAAUUUAGGGAGGAUACAGUUUUGUAACAACUUUUAUUUACCAUGACACAUUUCUAGAGGGGGGACACAUACAAAUUGGUUGUGAUGCUGCUUUGUGUAUGUGAAAGGGGGAAAGGAGUAGGGGGGCAAAGAAGGGGCCAGAAAACUACUCGUUAGUUAUUUUGAUUUUUAUUUUUUGGAAGAAAGACUGGAUAAUCUUUUGCAAGAUUUGAAUGUCCUCUUCUGAUACUCUCAAUUGUAUAUCUUGGUUUUUUUAAAUUUGAAGACGAUAUAAAACUAUUCCUGCAAUAGUUAUAAAUAUGUAAUAUAAUUAUUUACCCAGUGCUAUUGUCUUUUAAUUAUACCAGAAAUAUUCAUAAUGUGUUGAACUGAAUGUUUCAUAUGCGAUUUUAUUUACUAAAGAAAAUUUAAACCUUAUUAUGCUUAAACUCUCAUAUAUAUGAACGUGCUUAAGAGAAAUAUUUAUUAAAACCUUCGUAAUAAUAAAGAGUUUCAAGCCAGUCUUUGGUUAUGUUUCAAGUAUCACAUGGCCUUUUGUUUGGGUUUUUUUGUUACUUUUUUUUAAACCUAAAAUCGAUAUUGGGCCCUGGUAAUAUUCGUGAGUGCUGUGAGAUCACAUACACAAGCAAUAGACCUGCAAUUGUUAGGGUUUUGAGAGGUUUUGUCUCUGAAUGUUUAAGUAUUGCAGUGAAGUAGAAGAAUGCAGUCAGUGGGAUCAUUUUCCUCUUUUAUUAUUGAUCAGAUUUAAAUGUAUUUUAGUAUGUUUAUUUCAAAGACAAUGAGAUCUAGCUAACUUUCAUUUCAUUGCUGUCAAACACGUUUAUUCAGCCAGCUCAGCGCUUACACAUUCCGCUGCAGAACAAUCUGAUGGCAAUACAUUAAUUGAUGUGGUUUUACCUAAUUUGGAUAUUUAUUUCAUUAGAAGUGAAAAAAAAACCCCUAAACAAACCACAAAAGCCCCCCAAAACCCACACCAAAACCCAAAAAACCUCUCCAGAUCCUGUGUUUCCUAGUUGGUAUGUUGCUCGAAUACCUGUUCUAUUCAAGUAUUGCAAACCUGGGCUCACAGAAGAGAGUUCUGGAAGAGGUCUGACCCAAAAGAUGGCUUUGCUGGGGUUUGAGCCUCUUGCUCCUCUGGAUGCUUUGUUCUGAAAGUGCUUUGCUUUUCCUAGAGACUCACUGCUGUGCCAAGCAAACUUUUGCUCUCGUACCUGUGCCACAUGCUGGUUAUUAGUAAAGCAGCUAAGUCUUCUGCAGAGAGGCAGUCUACAUUGCCCUUUGAGGGGGUGAUGAGAAAAUAAGCUGCAAAUGGUUUCUGAAAACAGCCUUUU